AUGUUGCCCCUAAGGUGCGUAGCAAACUCUAACGUUGGCAGUCUCGACGGGUUCUUCCUCGGCCUAAAGGCCCUCGUUCCCGCCUCCGAUUACAAACCAGAGCAUCCUAGACAAAAGGACGAAAAGUCACCGUUCCCGCUCACGAUCUCGUACACGGGCUUGCCCACUCCCACCCCAUUUGUACCGCAGCCUGAUUACGAGUCGUCGUCAUACACCGCUAAAUACCACGAGGUCCAACCCUGCUAUCUCGACAAAGACAACAAGAUUCCCGUCCCGGACCUCUACGCUUACAACGGGUUAAUCCAGGGCCAGUCGGAGCCUGUCAUUGGUUCCCAUAGCCUCUUGGGGUUAAGGGACGAUGUCUGUUUCGAUAGGUUUGGAAGAUAUGGUCCUUACGGGUUAGGCUACCGGUUUGAGGAAGGAGGAGUGGAAGUUGGUAUGGAUACGGAGCGAGCAGGGAACGAUGCCGUAUGGGCAAAGACGGGCAAGAUCAAUUACGACAACGUUGACUGGGGCGACGCACAGUCCCGAUGCUACGAAUCCAACAAGAACCGCUUCGUCGAGGUUAACGCCCCAAGCCAAACAUCCGUAGCCUCGCCAGCCGAAAAGACCGGCCGGUCCUUCUCACACAGCGAGCGCCCGAAGGACAAAAUAUCGCGAACCGCCGUUGUCGUGCGGGUAUACACUGGAUACCAGUGGACGCACCACGCAGUCCUCAACUUCCGCGCCAUGAUAUCGGAGCUCGCUCUCAAGUCAGGCGGAGAGUACAACGUCCAUUUCCUGCUCCACGUCCGUGACGACAACGAAGCCAUCUGGGCAGACCCAGUAACGGCCCAACGAAUUCUCGAUGACUACGUGCCCGCCGAAUUCCACAGCAUUUGCACGCUCUGGUCUCAGGACCAGAUGCGUCUGAUUUAUCCCGGGACAGUUUGGACUGCGCACAUGCCACUCCAGUACUUCGCCAUGAACCACCCCGAGUACGAUCACUUCUGGAACUGGGAGCUGGAUAUGCGCUGGCUGGGCAAUUACUACGAGCUUUUCGACCGCCUCGGGAAAUGGGGCAAGCAGCAGUCCCGCGUCGGAGCCUGGGAGCGCUCCGCCAAGUACUACAUCCCGCGGUACCACGGCGACUGGGCUAACUUCACUGACCUCGUGAACCGCGAGACCGUCGCCAGCGGCCGCUCCGCCGUCUUCGGGCCCGUAGCUUUCCCCGGACGCACCCCGCUCCGCAGCGAAGCAGCAGGGCAGGGGUUCAUCCCGGAGCAGUGCGCCACACGCGCGGACCCGGCCUGCGGCGUGGGCGAAGAAGCCGACCUGAUCACGCUCAACCCACUAUUCGACGCCGAAGACUCCGGGUGGGUGUUCUCCAAGGACGUGACGGGCUACAGCACCACCCUACCAGUACCUCCACGGCGGUGCGCCAUCAUCACCGCGUCACGACUCAGCCGUCGCCUACUCGCCGUCAUGCACGAAGAGAACUGGCGGCUGCACCACACCAUGUUCAGCGAGAUGUUCCCGGCUUCCGCGGCACUGCACCACGGGCUCAAGGCGGUCUACGCACCCCACCCCGUCCUGAUCGACCGCGAAUGGGACCUCGCCACCGUCGACCGCGCCUUCAACGGCGGCCGCGACCACUCCAGCGGCGGCCGUGGCAGCCCCUUCGACCUGCGCAACGAACACAACCACAAGGGCACCAGCUGGUACUACCACAGCGAAUUUGCGGGCUUGUUGUGGAGGCGCUGGUUGGGCUAUGCGCAGUAUGAUGGGCGGGGGCCGAACGGGGGUCGCUCCGGUGAGGGGACCCUGAGGGGGGGGAAGGCGGAGGAGGAGAGGUCGAGCAGUACCGGCCGUAUGUGUUUGAGGAGCAUGCUGGUGCAUCCCAUCAAGUGGGAGCACCCGAGUGAGCUGGAGGAUUACUAA